AUGGGCUACUUAAAGCAGAUAGACGUGGAAAAUUUCAAGUCGUGGAAAGGAAAGCAGACAAUAGGCCCGUUUAAGAGGUUCACUUGCAUCAUUGGCACUAAUGGUUCGGGUAAGUCAAAUGUGAUGGAUGCUCUGGGGUUUGUGAUGGGAGAGAGAGCCUCCAGUCUCCGAGUGAAGCAAGCCAAAGAUCUGAUUCAUGGCGCCCACAUCAAUAAACCGGUCUCACGCACCGCCUCAGUCACUAUGCGCUUCUGCAACGAUAAUGACGAAGAAACGGUUUUCUGCAGAACGAUAUCCGGUGACUCCUCUGAGUACCGAGUCAAUGGCAAACAGGUGGCACUGUCCAGGUACACAGCCGAGAUGGAGAAGAUCGGCAUCGUGGUGAAAGCCAGGAACUGCUUAGUGUUUCAGGGUGCUGUAGAGGCCAUCGCUAUGAUGAAUGCAAAGGAACGCACAAAGAUGUUUGAACGCAUCAGUAACUCCUUGGAGCUGGCGAACGAGUACGACACCAAGCAGGCAGCACUGCAGAAAGCAAAAGAGGACACACAGUUCCAUUUUAAUCGCAAACGGGCAGCCGCUGCAGAGAAGAAACAGGUGUUCAAGGACAAAACUGAGGCAGAGAAAUAUCAGGCACUGGUGGAGCAGCUCAGUGAAAGCAAGCUGCAGCUCAGCCUUUUCCAGCUUUAUCACAAUGAGAGGGGUAUUAAUGCGCUCGUGGAGUCCCUGAGAGAGAAACAGGAGGCUGUCGCUGUCAAAAAGAGCGUAGUGGAGGAGUUGGAGCAAACUGUGAAGGCUCAGAAGAAAGAACACGGACGCCUGAGCCGAGAACUACAGAAACUAGAGAAGGAGAUCAAGUCCCAGGAAGAAACCCUAAACCAUCAGAGGCCUCAGUACAUCAGGGCCAAAGUGAACACCAGUCACCACCAGCGCAAGGUUGAUGAGACACGCACCAGCCUGCUGAAGAGCCAGAAGCAGGAAGCCAAGAAGGAACAGGAGCUGCAGGAGUUGGAGACAGAGCUGCAGGAGCUGGAGAGGGCUUGGAGAGUUUAUGAGAGGGAGAUAGAAGAGCGGGCAGCUCAGAGGGGCGAGGAUGUGCAUCUGGAAGAAGCUCAGCUGGAGCGUUAUAAGGAGCUGAAGGAACUGGCCAGGAAAAAGGGGGCUGUCUUAUUUCAGAGGGCUGAGAAGCUACACUGGGAGGUGAAGGCUGAUCAGGAAAAACUGGAGUUUGACAAAAGGCGAACAAGUGAAGUUGAGGCAAACAUUAAGCAUGCUGAAGAUCAUCUGGACGAGUUAAACAGGAGGGCAGGGAAACUGGAGGAGUAUGCCAUCACCUCUAACAAAUCCCUGGACGAGCUGCGGGAGCAGGAGCGGAGCUUGGGGGAGAUGUUGGAGCGCGGACGGUUGCGGAGGCUGGAGGUGAACGAGGAACUGGGAGUGGUAGUGCAGGAACUUCAAAAUGCUCGCAUGGACAGCCAGGAGAAUCGGAGACAGCAGAAAAGAGAUGAGAUCCUUGAGAGCCUGCGCAGACUCUACCCGGAUGUUGUGUAUGGACGCUUGAUGGACUUGUGCCAGCCCAUCCACAAGAAAUACCAGCUCGCUGUCACAAAGGUGUUUGGCUAUUACAUGAACGCCAUCGUCGUGUCCUCUGCAAAAGUGGCCCGUGACUGUAUUCAGAUUUUAAAGGAAGAGAGAGCCGAGCGAGAGACCUUCCUCCCCAUUGACAACCUGGAUGUAAAGCCGCUAAACGAGCGUCUCAGGGAGGUGCGCGGAGCCAAGAUGGUGGUGGAUGUGGUGCAGUGUUCCCAGAACGCACCUCAGCUGAAGAGAGUGGUGCAGUUUGUGUGUGGGAAUUCCCUCGUGUGUGAGAAUCUGAAAGACGCCCGCUACAUUGCGUUCGGCGGCCCAGAACGCCUUAAGACUGUGUCUUUGGAUGGUACCUUGUUCUCCAAGUCGGGGGUGAUCUCCGGUGGCUCUGUUUAUCUGCGCAGUAAAGCUCGACGCUGGGAGGAGAAGGACAUGAACGGGUUAAAAGAGCGGAAGGAGCAGCUUAGUGCAGAGCUGAGGGAACUAAUAAAACUGAAACGCAAGGAGGUUGAGCUUCAUCAGCUCACAGCCCAGGCCCAGGGAAUCCAGACUCGCCUCAAAUACUCCAACUCUGAGCUGGAGUCCAUCCGCAAAAAAACCAUCCCUGCCUGUCAGGCUGAAAUCUCCAAACUGGAGAGUGAGCUCUCAAACCUGAAGUCUCAGAUUGAGAUGCAGACCAGUAACGUGCAAGUGAAGGACAGCGAGGUGACAGCGCUCCAAGAUGAAGUCAAUCACAUGGAGGACACGGUGUUCUCAGACUUCUGUGCUGAGAUUGGAGUAGCCAACAUUCGUGAGUACGAGCAGGAUUUUAUGAGGCAGCAAGGAGAGAUCGAGAAUAAGCGGCUACAGUUUGAGUCCCAGCGGACCCGUCUGAACACACAGUUCGAGUAUGAGCAGGAGCAGCUGCACAAACAGCGCAGGCUGAUCAAAAAAAUGGAGGACUCCAUUAAGAAAGAAGAAGAUGUCAUCCUCAUGUUGAAAAAGGAGGAAGAGAAGCUGCUUGCUGCAGUAGAUGAGUCUCAGUCAAAGCUCCUAGUCUUAAAGAAUAAGCAGGUGGAACAGACGUCUUACAUUAAUAAAGCAAAGGCUGAGCUGGAUAAAAGGAUCAGUGGGCUUCAGCAGAACUCCAGGGAACUGGUAAAGCUGCAGAAGGAGAUGAUCUCUGUGGAAACUGCCUUGGAGCAUCAGAGACUUGGCAAACACAACCUGCUCCUGGGCUGCAAAAUCGAGGGCGUGCCUCUCACCGUGCUCUCAGGAUCACUGGACGACAUCAGUGAUAUCCAGCUGGACUCUGAAUCUGUAAGCACCACCACACAAGACAUUUAUGAGCGAGAAAGACAGAUUGUGAUCGACUAUAGACCACUGGGAGAUAACUUGAAGAGUCUGACUGAGCAGCAGGAGGUGAUGGACCAGCUGGAGGUGCUGAGAGAGAAACUGUCGUCUCUGGAGAGACUAAUCCAUGUGUCCAAGCCACCCAAUAUGAAGGCCUUGGAGAAGAUGAUUGAAGUGAAGGACAGCUUCCGUGGAGUGGUUGAUGCAUUUGAGGCCAGCGCAAGUGUAGCUAAGAAAUGCCAUCAAGAGUUUGAGCAAGUGAAGGCCAAACGCUUCCAUCGCUUCAGCCAGUGCUUCGAGCAUAUUUCUGUCACCGUCAACAAUAUCUACAAAGACCUCUGCAGGAACGACAGUGCUCAAGCGACUCUGAGUGCAGAAAAUCCUGAUGAGCCUUUCCUGGGUGGUAUCAGUUAUAACUGUGUGGCACCUGGGAAGAGAUUUAUGGCCAUGGACAACCUGUCAGGAGGAGAGAAGUCAAUCGCAGCGCUCGCUCUGGUGUUUGCUAUUCACAGCUUCCGUCCGGCUCCAUUCUUUGUGCUGGAUGAGGUGGACGCUGCUUUGGACAACACAAACAUUGGCAAGGUGACGAGCUUCAUUAGGGAGCAAUCAAGAAAUAACUUUCAGGUCAUCGUUAUCUCACUGAAGGAGGAGUUCUUUUCACGGUCAGAUGCUCUGCUGGGGAUCUACUCUGAGUUCAAUGACUGCAUGUCCAGCCACCUCCUGUCAGUGGACCUCACGCCGUACCCCCUCAACGACGACAACGGCAAAGAGAGACACAAAGACAUGAUGUAA